AUGACAUUGGCAUUGCCAGAUGAUAAAAGAGUUAAUAUCAAUCGGAUGAUAAACGAUUUUAAAAACAGAAAAACUUGUAAAAUCCGCGAGUGGGCUCGAUUUAUAGGAAGUCUUAUGGCGUGCUGUCCAGCGCUUAAGUAUAGCUGGGUGUACGUCAAAAGACUCGAACGUCUCAAACUAACAAGUUUAGAAGCCAAUAACGACUCUUAUAACGCACAAAUGGUUAUUACAGAAGUAAAAUCGGAUUUGGACUGGUGGAGUAAUAAUAUAUUUAUCGGAAACAACACUAUCUCGAGGUUACCUCAUGUUAUCGAAAUUUUCUCGGACGCAUCUCUAACCGGAUGGGGAGCAUACUGUAAUAAUGAACGCGCUAACGGCUUCUGGACGAUCGAUGGUAAAAAUAAUCACAUUAAUUUUCUCGAAUUGAAAGCAGCCUAUUUUGGAUUGCAAUGUUUUGCAAAAACGCUAAAGAAUUGCAAUAUUCUUCUGCGUAUCGACAAUACAACAGCAAUAGCAUACUUGAAUAAGAUGGGCGGUGCGCAACAUACACACUUGAACGACAUUACCCGGGAAAUUUGGCAAUGGUGUGAGCGUCGUAACAUCGUUAUUUUUGCCUCGUAUAUAGCCUCCAAAGAGAACGUUGAGGCUGACGAAGAAUCGCGCCGACUCGAGCCGGAAACCGAAUUUUCUCUGUCCGACUACGCGUUCAGAAAGGUGAUAAAAAAUUUCGGCAUCCCGGACAUCGAUUUAUUUGCUAGUCAUUCAAAUAAGAAGUGCGAGCGGUUCAUCUCGUGGAAAAAAGAUCCCGAGGCAGAAACAGUGGACGCGUUCACGAUAAGCUGGAAAGGCUUAUUUGUUUACGCAUUUCCACCUUUGAGUAUCUUGCUGAAAGUAUUGCGAAAGAUAAAAAUCGAUGCAGCAGAGGGCAUUGUUAUAGUACCUGACUGGCCGGGCCAGCCAUGGUUCCCUCUAUUCAAAAAAAUGCUCGUGAAGGAGCCCAUAAAGUUCAAACCUAAUAAAAAUCUUAUUAUGUUUUCCAAUAGGCAUCAUCCAAUGUGGAGGUCGAUUACCCUGGUGGCAGGUCAGUUAUCCGGACGGCUAUAA